AUGGCUUUGAAGACACUCGGGGCCAAGGCCGCGGCAGCCUUGGAUAAGGAUUUGAUGAGCACCGGCGCGUUUUCACUCGACCAGUUAAUGGAGCUCGCUGGCCUCUCUGUCUCCCAGGCAGUCUACCGUGUCCACCCCCUCAGUAAGGGUUUGAACAUUCUUGUGGCUUGCGGACCCGGUAAUAACGGUGGUGAUGGUCUCGUCGCUGCCCGUCACCUUCGUCACUACGGAUACAAACCCAGCAUAUAUUAUCCAAAGCGGAGCAAGAACGAGCUCUACCAACGACUGGCGCAGCAGUUGGUGGACUUGAACAUUCCGUUCGUUGACGACUUUCCAACGGCCCUGAAGUCGACGGACCACAUCGUGGACGCGAUUUUCGGAUUCAGCUUCUCUGGCGAGGUCCGGGAACCCUUCCCGGCGGUGAUCAAGGCGCUCGAGGAGACGAAAUUGCCUGUAACAUCGGUUGACGCUCCAUCAUCGUGGAAUAUCGAGGAUGGCCCGCCAUCGUCUGGCCUCGGCAGCUCUUUCCACCCUACAGUUCUCGUCAGCUUGACGGCACCAAAGCCUCUAGUGAAACAUUUCAAAGGACGACACUUCGUCGGUGGAAGAUUUAUUUCGCCAGGUAUUGCUGAAAAAUACAACCUGGACCUUCCGCAGUACGAAGGCAUCGACCAGGUGGUGGAAGUGGACAACAAGGGUCAGAAGCUGUAA